GUUUCGCCGCCUGGUAUGAGGUGGGGUCGGCGUUGAAGAGGCGUCGGGCGGCCGUGUGUGCCAAGAGUUUGAGGAAAACCGGCACUUCCGCGCAGGGGCAGCCAUAUGUCUCGACCGCAAGGGGGAAGAAGCCGACGUACUCUGCUUGUGGCGGUACAUGUCGAUCUUCUUGUCCGCUUGCUCCCUUGCCAUGUAACCGCGCCCCUUGCGGGCGAGGGGAUCCCUGGAGCUGACUGGGUCCGUGACCGUGACGUCGCAGAUCCAGACUGCUCCCGAGUCCCGGUCCCGGAUGGCGAGGUCGGCUGUUUUGCCAUCGACCGGGUUGUAUAGGGCUGUCUCUUUCGAGACGAUGAGCUGCGCGUCUUGGCCCAUACGGAUGCAUUUGUCCCGAAGGGCGUUGUGUGUAUCGGUGCGCCCGUGCCCUGUCCGACAGCGAAAUAGGUGGUUGGGGAGCCGUGGGUCCGGGAUCUGGGUCUUCUUGGCGCAGUUGCACACCUUGGGCGCGGGGAAGGGGAGGCCCAGGCGGAAGGCGAGGGCUAUGGCAAAAUGAGGGGCACUCGCCGCUCGCGUUGAUUCCGCCCUGCUUGCCUCUGCCCCCGAUCCGGUCUAUCGCGUUCAUCAUCCCCAGCUGAAUCUUCCGUGCUAGUCUCUUCCCUUGUCUCCUGCCUAUAAGUGGCAUCCGCACGCUCCUCAGCAGCAUUCGUGUUGUCAGCCACGUUUUCUCUUAAAGCCCUUCCCACAGCCCUGUGGAAGCCGUUCAGUGGUCCACCGUUAGCCAUCUGACUUGGCCGCGCCGCGAGCGACGGCGGCCGAAGGCCGCUGGCGCGAGCCGCCACCAAGGGUGGGAGAAAAGAAAGAACUGAAAACUAAACAGGAAGAAUGAGCUAGGGAGAGAGCUUAUAUAGCUAGGGAGGGACUCAUGCUCUCUCUCUCUCGCUCUCUUUCUCCUCUCUCUCGCCACCAAGGGUGGGAGAAAAGAAAGAACUGAAAACUAAACAGGAAGAAUGAGCUAGGGAGAGAGCUUAUAUAGCUAGGGAGGGACUCAUGGUCUCUCUCUCUCUCUCUCUCUCUCAAGCGGUCCUUUUAUUCCUUGGAAACCUUGGUACAGGCUAGGCAGGCAAAGGGCAGCAAGUCAAGGUGCCAUAUCGGCGUCAGGGGUGCCCACUGGGGUGUGGGUGGCGGGGGAGGCUUGAUUUACUUUGCCCAGGUAAGCCAAGGCCUGCGCCCGCUGCAGCGUCACUGACCAUCGUUGACGAAACUGGUGGAGCAGUUUCGCUGCCUGGUAGGAGCUUGGGUCUGCAUUGAAGAGUCGCCUGGCCCCUGUGUCUGCCAGCAGCUUCAAAAAGGUAGGGACCUCGGCGCAGGGGCAGCCAUAUGUCUCGACCGCCAGUGGGAAGAAACCAACGUAGGGAGCCCGAUUUCGGUAAUGGGAGAUUUUCUUGUCGGCUUGUACCCGGGCCAUGGCAUUAUGGGUGUCAGUCCGUCCGUGCCCAGCGCCACACCGAAGCAGGUGGUUGGGCAGCCUAGUGUCGAGGAUUUCGAAUUCCUCGGCGCAGUUGCAACCAGGGAAAAGAGGCGUUGGGUGUGCCCGGAGUGUGGGUUUGGGUCCAUUGUCCGCGUGGCUGCCACCUGGUCGGCGUAUCGCACGGCCUGGACUUCGAGGGAUAAGCGGUGUUGGAGAGGGGAGCCUGAGGGUUCCCUCCUCUCGGAGUGCAGGAGCUCCCGGGCUCGUGGGGGCAUCGCCAUUUCACACUUCGCCAGCCAGGUAUGCAAGUGGGUGGGGCUGGUGAAAGGUGGCGUGAGGUGCCGGACAGUAUCAGCCAGGGGCCCUCCUGACGCUGCUGGGAGGGCAGCCAAGAGGCCCUGGGCUUGGGUGAGGCUGGUGAGUGUGGCGAGGGGUUCGGCUAGCAGGGCUAGCUGGGUGCGGAGGAAUGCGGCUGUGCCCUCGGCUGUGCCUAUAAAGCUGCCAAGCACGCGGACCCCUUCUGUGUUGAAAGGUAUGUCUGGGGGAAGGCGGUCGGGUGCAGGGCGCUCGGCUGACCAUGCUGCGCAUUUCGUGGGGUUGUGGGAGAGACCGAUGCGGUCCAUGGCGGCUGUGAAGGUGAGGAACGCCAAGGUGCAGGCGUCUGGGUUGCCGACGAAAGUGACGUCGUCAGCGUAUGCGAGGCAAAGGACCUCGGGGUGGGCCGCGGCGGUUGCCUGGAGGGCUGGGUGGAUGGCUGCUGCGAAGAGGAGGGGGCCCAUGGGGUCCCCUUGGCGAACUCCCCGUGCGCUAAGUAUGGGCGGGCUAUCAAACUCGGCGUCGAGAUAGAGCAGAGACGGCGCGCCAUACGAGAAUUGUAUAAAUGGAAAGAGCGGGCGGAGGGGCGAGGUGUUGAUUGCGUGGAUGAUUGCCCCCCGGUCAACGCUAUUAAAGGCGUUCGAGAGGUCGACUUGUAGGAUGAGUGAGCCCGGGCGCGCAGAGGUAAAGCCCCUGGUGGCGUGGAUGAUUGUUUCCCCGCCGCUUCUGAUGGCUACCCCGUAUUGGUGUGGUAGGAAGUAGUCUUGCGCGGGUUUCGUGGAGGAGAUUAGCGCAGAUUUUGCCGCUAGCCGGUGGAGACACUCGCCUAUAGCGAUGGGGCGGGUACCCCCAUCCGGUUUGGUAAGGGCCAGGAGGCGUGAGGAGGUAACGAGCUGGCUGACCUCGUGUGGCAGGUUACCCGCGAGUAGCCGCUGGACGAGUUUCUGAAGAUGUGUGGCGACGGAGGGGUUGGACAGCGAGGCAUCGCGCAGGUGCUCGAAGGUCAUCCCGGAGGGGCCUGCCCCAACUCCAUUUUCGGAGAGAGAAAGGAGCUUCGCGAACAUAGCGAAAUCGACUGUCGGUGGCCUGCAGUUUUCGUCGAGCUGUGGCCAGGUGAGGUUUUCGACAAGCGGAGGGGGGUGUUUUGACUGUAGCGCGUCCAGGACCGCGGGGGUGGACUUGCUGACUGGGGUCGAAGUCAACACGAGCAGGGCCCGUCGCAAACUGCCUCGUCGUACCAAGCCCUCGGCGCGGGAUAUUUUCCCAAGGGUGUCAGGUACGUGGCGGGGAGGGGGUGGCAGGGUGACAGCAGAGGCGGCUGCUUGAUACAGCGUGUCCCAUUGGCCCGCGAGAAAUUGUCGAAGGCGUCUUUCCGUCGCGGGCUAGUCAGGACGUCGUGGUGAAGAUAGGCGAAGAGUGAGGCGCGGGAGGUAAAGCAACAGGAUCCAACCCUCGAUGGAGGUUGGAUAUUUGGCGAGGAAAAGGAGGGGUGCUGGAGCGGACGAAGCCGCAUGAUGGGCUGUCGUCGUGUGUAGGUUCUUGUUGGUGAAGUGCGCCCUAGCGUGAGCGCUCUGGUAAGCUCUGUCAGGCUCUCCAUGCUUGUUUGCCGAGUGUAGUGUUGGCGGGUUGUAGACCCCGGAUGUGUGUAUUUGAUGUUGUCGUAGUUGACUUUGAAGCCGUGU